GGCACAAAGUGCUAAAGGGAAAAACAUGCACCUCGUCCUAGGCAAAAUCAGGCCAUAAACUUAUCUUUCUAAUGUAGUGUAAUCUUAUACCAGUAUUAACUAUUAAGCAUCCCCUAAAGCCCCUUCAGAUUUGAACUCUGCAGCAUACAACAGAACCUUUCCUCUCAUAUACUUUUCCCUUCUUUUUUGCUGCACCUUUGUCUUGCUUGCGAAAUUUAACUAUCUCUCAAUUCCUCCUUUCUCAAGUUUUCUGAUAUUCUCUUCCCCCUUCCCUCCAAAUUCCCCUCCUUUUCAUCUCUUAUCUACCAUCCAAGGAACCUCUGAUUCUUUCCCCAGUUUUAUUUAUAUAAGAUAUGCAAGCAUGAUAUUUAAACUCUUCUUCGCCUCAACGCCAUUGGACCUUCUCCUAACUUCUUCAUCAUUCUUCCUCUUAACUAACAAGGAUAUCAGAAGCUCACCUCAUAGAAAAGCUACAGCCACAGCAGCAGCAGGUCCGCCGACAUGGGGUUUUGGCUUGUUCAAUCUUUCGUAAUCGCUCUCCUGUAUCUGCUCAUAAUGUCAGGAGCUAGUGUUGCAGAGCCGCCGCCACUGGAAGCAAUCGAGGAAACCGACCUAGUAGACAAUCGAGAAUACCAGCACCAGCCAUUCCCUUCCUCUUCGCUGUCCACCAGCCAUCUAGACUCAACAGGAGGGGAUGUUCCUAUCGUCAACCCAACAAGUCCAGGCACAGGAGGUGCCGUUCCCAUCGUCAACCCAACAAGUCCUGGCACGACUCCAUAUGGGAAUCCCACUGACUCCCCGCCAACAACUCCCUUUGGAAAUCCUACAGACUCACCUCCAACACCAACUACGAUCCCCACCACAACGCCUCCAGCCCCUCCUAUGUCAGGAAACCCGCAGCCCACAACUCCAACAGGACCAGGAGGUGGAGGAGGUGGUGGUGGUGGUGGUGGUUUUGGUGGUGGUGGAGGAGGAGGAGGAGGCGGCGGAGGCGGUGGUGGGGGGCAGUGGUGUAUAGCGAGUCCAUCUGCUUCAGAAACUGCAUUGCAGGUGGCACUUGAUUAUGCUUGUGGCUAUGGAGGAGCAGAUUGCUCGGCGAUUCAGUCGGGAGCUAGUUGCUACAACCCAAACACUCUCCGUGAUCAUGCUUCGUAUGCCUUCAAUGACUACUACCAGAAGAACCCAUCUCCUACCAGCUGUGUUUUUGGUGGAGCUGCACAACUCACCAGCACUGACCCAAGUAACGGGAGCUGUCGCUUUUCAUCGUCCAAGGGCCAAUCCAGCAUGAGUCCGCCAGGGAAUCCACCACCAACAUUUACGCCCCCAACUACGAUGAGUCCACCAACACCGAUGGCUGGUACUGGAGGGCCACCAGGAGGGUUCGGAGGGCCACCAGGAGGAUUCGGUGGGCCACCAACAACAUACGGUGUAGCAGAGCCAACUGGUCUUCCCAGCGCUGCAACCUCACUUCCAUCAAACCUAUUGAUCCUCUUUUCAGUAACUGGCAUUCUUGGAUCCUUGAUCAUCACAAACCAUCUGUAAAAGCUUCAAAAAGUCUCUGAAUAGUCUCACCUUUGGCUGGCAAUUUAUUUGCCCGCGAUUGUUCAAGAACUUUGGGAGCAAAGCAAGGAAGAAACAAGGACACCAGGAUUCAUCCCCUAGACAUUAUUUAUACAGCAUAAGAUCUAUUUAUAAUAUGUCUCCUACCUAAGAAUGUUAGUCAAGUAAGGGCAGGAAAGAAGGGAGAUAACGAGGGAAGCAAUAGAAUAUUGUAGCUACU